GUUUGACACUCCUGAUAUAGACCUUGGUAUAUGUUAUCUCAGAGACCGUUAACAGUUCAAUUUUCUGAUCCUUGAAAUGGACUAUAAAACAAUGAAGAACAGGACAGAAGUAUCUGAAUUCAUUUUUCUCGGUUUAACAAAUGAUCACAGGUUGCAACAAAUUUUCUUCAUACUUUUCCUGCUUUUCUAUAUAGCCUGUUUAUUAGGAAAUGGGGCCAUUUUGGCAGUGACCCUAGCUGAACCUCGGCUUCACACCCCCAUGUAUUUUUUUCUGGGAAACCUUUCUGGCUUAGAUAUAUGCUACUCUACUGUGACUGUGCCCAAAAUGUUAAGCGGCUUCCUUAGAAAGAAUCAGUCCAUCACCUUUAUUGGCUGCCUCACUCAGUUGCACUUCUUUCACUUCCUGGGCAGUAGUGAGGCUGUGCUGCUUGGUGUCAUGGCCUACGACAGAUAUGUAGCUAUUUGUCAUCCUCUGCGUUAUACUCUCAUCAUGAAUAAAUGGGCUUGUAUUACAUUAGCUGGUGCCACAUGGGCAGCUGGCUUCUUUCAUGCCUUGGUGCAUUCAGUGGCAACCUCUCGGCUAUGGUUCUGUGGCCCUAAUCUCAUUGCACACUUCUUUUGUGACAUCAAGCCUCUCCUGAAGUUAGCUUGCAGUAGCACAGCACUCAAUUUCAUCCUGCUGAAUCUUCUGAGUAGCUUUAUUGCUCUGAGUCCCUUCUUUUUCACUCUUCUCUCUUAUUUUUACAUCAUCUCCUUCCUCUUCUUCAAGGUCCAGUCAUGGAAGAACUGUUGGAAAGCCUUCUCCACUUGUGCAUCCCAUCUGAGUGUGGUGGCCAUCUUCUAUAUUCCAGCACUUUCCAACUAUAUGAUUGCUUCAGCCAGUGAUUCUUCUGAGAAAGAUAUGAUCAUUUCUGUCUUGUACAGCAUAAUCACCCCAGCUUUAAAUCCCCUGAUCUACACAUUAAGAAAUAAGGAAUUCAAAUUUGCUAUAAGAAAGAUUUUAAACAAAAAUCUUCUUUUUGAAAGGGCCUAA